UGAGACUGGACAGUGUGCUGUGUGCGCUAGUGAUGGCAGGUUUAGUGGUAUCGUUGCUCUCACUGCUACUCCUCGUGUUUACCACAGGAUACCCAACAAACAAAGAUGACGUAGAUGGCUCGAGAUUACUGCAGACCCUGCUACCAGUCCAACAGCCUGUGGAGCAACGAGGAAGUGUACAUCCUGGCGUGACCUUAGCCAUCACCAGGAGUCAGCCCUUCUCCCCUGAGACUCCCUACACACCAGAGGAUGAGCUGCAGGGUGAUGACACGGAUGUCAGGCACAGGAGAGCUGCCAACACCACAGUGCCAACAGAUUCCGUGGCCGAAGCCUCGGAGAUGGUUGAAUCUGAGGGAGAGCAGGUGGCAGACAGUCAGCACUUUUUCCCAUCUUUUUCACCGAUCUUUCCUCCAUUAGGGCACUCAAGACCUCCAUUUUACCAAGAACCUGUAUAUAAUCCUCGGCCUGCCUACAAACCACACGACUCUUUCGGCUUUGGCUCGGGAACAUUCAGGGAUUACUCGUUUGCCCACGCCCCUGCUGAGAGUGAACGCAGCUCAAACGUCUUAGGUUCUGGAAACUUUGGGGUCCUCCGAGGUGGUACUUACUAUCCUGGAGAGAACGAUGAACUGUUGAAUGAUGACAUCUACAACAACUACUAUCAUGGGAACAAUGGCCACGGGAGACCCUCCUACUACCCCGCCAAUCCCCUCCCGACCUUCAGACAAGGAGGUGACUUCUUUGCAAACUUCAAGGACUUUGCCGACAUCAGCACUCCAACGAAGUCAUCCUACUCCGAGUUCUAUGUUGUUUACGUCAACCCCAACUCGACGUCCGGUAGUGAGUUACAGCCUGUGGUAAGGCCUGGUGAUUCUGCACCGAAGAAUAUCUUCGAACAAUUACAGUACCUCGAUGCUGCCACCGAACCACAGACAAAACUGUCAAAGGCGAAACUCAAACUAGAAAAGUAUAAAACGCAUCAUCAGACCAAAGAGAACACCAAGAAACAAAAAGGCCUCACCUCACCAAAGGAGCUUUAUGAGCCUUUAUUAGCAUUGAGUUGAGCGAAGAAGAAUCAGAACAACUGCUCUGCGAUUCAAUCAUGUCCAGUUAAGUGUCUUACUGCUGGGUGCGUUUAGUUGCUAACUUUGCUAUGAUUAAAUUGUACCUGCUCCUUUUACUGUAUGUGAUUUUUUAUACGGAUAUAAAAAUAAGGACAAGAAAGCAGACUAAACAAUAAUAACAAUCUUAAGAUGGACAAGAUUUUUUUUAAUACAAAGAAAGAGCAAAUAAAUUCAAGAAAACAACACUAUCACUACAUUUUGCAAGAACAUCUAUCAGGUUAAAACAAUCAGCUAAAAAUGUGAAAAUAUAAGAUAUUUUUCUCAUAUGAUAAUUGUUAUUAUGAAGAUAAAGAUGACAAUGAACUUUUCAAACUGCUUGUUAAAAAGUGCUAAAAAUUUGUUUUUUCAAAAAAAACUUUAAAAAUUCUUCAAUUAAAAAAAUAUGUUAUACAAAAGAACACCCACUUGGUAAAUUAUAAAAUAAUGGAAAAGUGAAAUUAUGUAUCGCUUAUUGAAACUAAAAAAAGUAUCAAACGUAUGCGGACAAAAAUAAAAUACCACAAGGAAAUUGUGUUAGUUCUUAGUUGACAUCUUGUACAUACAACUGCUUCGUGAAUGGACACAUGUGCUACAAUGAACUGAGUUUCUUCCAAAUAUGUUAAAAAAUAUAUUUAGUUAUUUUAAAAUAUUAUUAGAAAUGUAUUAUAAACUUUUCAAACUUGUUAAUAUUCACUGUAAUGGGAAAUUUUUUGAAUUCAUUAAAAAAUUACCUUUAAUAAUAAAAACAUGAUUGAAAGCUCAUAAUUAAUUUAUAAAUAAUAUAUAACAUAGCUAUACAAAGUACGAGUUACAAAGUACAAAGCUUGUACAUAAAUUUAUUUCAAUAACAUGGUCAAAACCGAUUUUUUUCAAAUUAUACACUAGUUGUGUUCUUGAAGAAAUGAUAUGUUACCUUGUAUUCAAAAAUAUUCUACAUUUUAUUUAAAUUGCAUUGUGCUAAUAAGAAAGAUGUGUGUUAUACUGUUAAUAUGUAAAUAAAAUAAAAAUUGUUACACA